GCCGUCGGUCACCGUCCGUCUCCUUCCCCCGACGCUGACAUUAGCCGACCACUUGCGCCUCAUCCCGUUCUCUCUGAUCCAGUGGUGACACCGGCGGUCUUCCCGGAGAGCAGCCGAGCUCCGGGCAAUCGGAGGCGGUUUCCAGCCGCCCCGGGUCCGCGUCUGACGGUUCGGCCGGGCGGAGGGAGGUUCGCCCCGCUCGGGGAUACCCGCUGCUGCGGCGUGGCUGGAUAUUGUCCCGGGAUGAUUUCUGGUUCGCUUUCGGCGACGAGCAGAGGCGGUGCGUGAAGCUCCGGGGCUGCGACUGAGAGCGAAGAGGAGCUGCCGGCGCCGCCCGUCCACCCGCAGAGGCACGGACUGACUGUUCACCUGAAGGAGCAUCUCUGAACCAUCUCCGGGGAAGUGGCCAUUCACCAUGAGCGGCUGUCAGGCAGCAUCUUUGGGGAGGAAGUGAACAGUCGACACUUCGGGCUGAAACUCUUCAUCAGGACCGCAGAAGCGACUCAACCUGAGAUAUCGACUGUUUAAUUCUCUCUCUGUAGAGCUGGAGCUGAGUUGCCUGCUGAUUCAGAGCCGACAAGUCUGCAGUCAAGUCACAGUCAAGGUUUCCUCGUCUGAUCAGAAGCCCUCAGGAGCAGUUGAUCUGAAUGCCAGUGGACAUUUGACAUUCAGAUAAUGGGCUGCGUGCAUUGUAAAGAGAAGGGAACUACAAAAUCCCAAACCGAUGACACCGAUGGAUUCUUCAACCAAAACGCAAACUCACGCUACGGGCCGGACCCUACCAAUCAGGCACCGAGUGCCGUCUUCACCAGGAUCCCGGACUUCAACAGCUACCAUGAAAACACCAGUGCCUCCCUCACCCCGUUCGGGGGCCCCAUGGGAUACUCAACUAGUUCACUGUCCACCAGACCAGGAGGAGUGACAUUGUUCAUAGCAUUGUACGACUAUGAUGCCAGGACUGAGGACGACCUCACCUUCAGGAAAGGAGAGAAGUUCCACAUAAUCAACAACUCGGAAGGAGACUGGUGGGAAGCUCGCUCGUUGACUACUGGAAGGACGGGAUUCAUUCCCAGUAACUACGUGGCCCCUGUGGACUCGAUCCAGGCAGAGGAAUGGUACUUCGGCAAGAUGGGCCGCAAAGAUGCGGAGAGGAUGCUCCUGUGUCCUGGUAACCCAAGAGGUACAUUCCUGAUCCGGGAGAGCGAGACGACCAAAGGUGCCUACUCCUUGUCCAUCCGGGACUGGGAUGAGAUGAAGGGAGACCACGUGAAGCAUUAUAAGAUCCGUAAGCUGGAUAAUGGUGGGUAUUACAUCACCACUCGAGCCCAGUUCGAGACAGUACAACAACUGGUCCAUCACUACACAGAACGAGCCGCGGGACUGUGUUGCCGUUUGGUCGUACCCUGUCAUAAAGGGAUGCCGAAGCUGGCAGAUCUGUCAGUCAAAACCAAAGACGUCUGGGAAAUUCCUCGCGAGUCCCUGCAGCUGAUCAAGAAACUGGGCAAUGGGCAGUUUGGGGAAGUGUGGAUGGGCACAUGGAACGGCACCACCAAGGUGGCGGUGAAGACACUGAAACCAGGCACCAUGUCGCCAGAGGCAUUCCUCGAGGAGGCCCAGAUAAUGAAACGACUGCGUCACGACAAGCUGGUGCAGCUCUACGCCGUGGUUUCCGAGGAGCCCAUCUACAUUGUCACAGAGUUCAUGACGCAAGGGAGUUUGCUUGAUUUCCUAAAGGAUGGCGAUGGGAGGAUAUUAAAACUGCCGCAGCUGGUCGAUAUGGCAGCGCAGAUUGCAGCAGGGAUGGCCUACAUCGAGCGGAUGAAUUACAUUCACCGAGAUCUGAGGGCUGCCAAUAUACUUGUCGGGGAAAACCUCGUGUGCAAGAUCGCGGAUUUUGGAUUAGCGAGGCUCAUUGAAGACAAUGAAUACACAGCCCGACAAGGGGCAAAGUUUCCUAUAAAGUGGACGGCACCCGAAGCAGCCCUUUAUGGAAAGUUUACGAUCAAGUCCGAUGUUUGGUCGUUCGGAAUCCUCUUGACUGAGCUAGUUACGAAGGGAAGGGUUCCGUACCCAGGAAUGAACAAUCGUGAGGUUUUGGAGCAGGUGGAACGGGGUUAUCGGAUGCCGUGUCCAAGCGGGUGCCCGGCCUCUCUUCACGAACUCAUGGUCCAGUGCUGGAGGAAGGACCCUGAGGAGAGACACACCUUCGAGUACUUACAGUCCUUCCUGGAAGACUACUUCACAGCCACAGAGCCCCAGUACCAACCCGGAGAGAACCUGUAGCCACUGAGACGGUGGGAACAUUCCUUCACCAACGCCGAACUCUAUUCCUGACCAUGUGGAUCAAGCUGUUCAGAGGGUGAUGGAGAACUCGCUUUCAUGGGACUGCAACCUAAAACUUGGAGAGACUCGUCCAGAAUGAGACCAUCUCUUGCACAAAUUAACAAGACCCCAGAUCAUAACUGGCAGAUGUGGACACUGCAAAGCAGAUGCAUGGGAAGAGGUGUCAUUUGAGAGGUUGGAGUGAAUGUUACAGAAAAUCACUCAUGCUAUUGACGAGUGUUGGGGCCCAGACACUGAGAUCAAGAUCUCCUGGAUCUGAAUGCAGUGCACAGCAGUUGUCCCACAGCCUGUCACCUCUUUACUUGGAAUAUUGCUUCCUAGCACACCAUGGAAGCAUUUACUGACCUACGAUGCUUACUUAACAAUGUUGCAUAGGACCAGACUAAAAAAUGGCUAAUUUCUUUCUAAUUAAUAUCUCACAGAGCUUUUGUAUUUGAUUUGCUAUAUUCCAAACCUAUUUUACUCUCUCAUUUGUACAAUUUUGUAGGCCCAUGGGAAAUGAGACACAUUUAAAAUGGAUACCAUUUUUUUUCCAGUGAUGUAACACCAACUUGUCUACUUUAACCCUGGACUUUGGCUGUGAAUGCAGCCUGUUUAGUGCCAGUAGUUUGAGGAUGAAGGAUGAGAAAGAAGAUUGAAUAACGUACAAGGGUGAAAUGUAGGACAGUGUGAGGCCACAGUGUUUGAAUCACUGCCUGACGUCACCUGUCAGCAGGUGAACUGCAGGGGGUUACCAGGCUGAAAUGUGGGUCUGGUGUAAAGGAACGGUCCCAGGGAGUAAAUCAAGAAAGGUGAUUCACUCUGUCACCAUGAGAUUGAAGGUAACGAUCGUUCCACUUUUAAACACUGGGUUUUAUUGUGUAGGGCAGAUCAGUUUACCCACAGACAAUGCAAAGUUAAGGGUAUCACUGCCAUGAUGGUUGGACUUCAUAACUGGCUGACAAUACUUCAGUUUUCAGAAGUGGCACUUUUGAAAAUACACCGGCUAUCUUUAUAAACCCCAGUGCUCUCCAAUAUCCGUCCAUAACGGGAGCAGCGGGAGGGCAUCCGUCAGUGAGCUAACGUCCAGUCUGGCCCUGCAGUCAAUCGACACCGUCAUCCUGAGCUGCAAAUUGAGUCCGACAGUUCUUCAGUGAUGAAGAUCAGGCAGACGGAGGAGAAGUGUGAGGUUCAGAUCAAAUUUCAGCAGUGCUUUGGAGCGGAAAGGAACUGAUUUUUUUUUUCUCUCUCUCUUUUACAGAAGGAUUAAUUUUGCAUUAUUUAAGUGCUUUAUUCACCCACUUAACAUGAUGCCGACUGCCAGUCUGAUAAUUAUUUUAUCAUUGUUACUUGUGCAGAUUACCGAAGAUUAAAUUCCUGCUUGCUCUAGAAGCCACAUUAUUCCUUCGCAUGUCCCCGAAUAGAACGUUGUUUUAGUGGAUUUUCUGACCCGAGUGGGACUGUAUGGCUUCCGUUGCACAUUAUGUAAAUCUGUUGUUUUAUGAGUGUUCACAAUUGACCCAAUUACAACAAAAUAAAAAGACG